UCCAAACCGUUUGAUAUCUUUGUCAAAACUAAAUAAUUAUAUACUCUCUGUAUAUGUCAAUAAUCUGUGCUGAAUUGUGAUGUUAAUGUUUUUUAUUAUGUUUGUGUUUGAUUAAUUAUAGGAUUGGAUUUAGUAUUCAGUUGAAUAAAAUAAUUAGUUUAUACAUAAUAUUAUUGAAAUUUAAUAAUUUAAAAAUACAUACAUAUUAAAUUUAUAAGUAAAACAAUGACACGACACGCAAGGAACUGCACUGCUGGUGCAGUUUAUACAUACCAUGAGAAAAAGAAAGAUGCUGCCGCAUCUGGAUAUGGGACCCAGAACGAAAGAGUUGGUAAAGAUUCCGUAAAAAGUUUCGAUUGUUGUAGUCUAACAUUACAACCUUGUAGAAAUCCGGUCGUCACCAAAGAAGGUUACUUGUUUGAUAAAGAAGCUAUAUUAGAAUAUAUCAUAACAAAAAAAAAUGAAUACACACGAAAAUUGAAACAAUAUGAGAAACAAUUAAAAAAAGAAGAAAAUGAGAAGAAAGAGUUAGCUGCAGCUGAAAAAGAGGCAAAUUUGGUUAAAUUUAUGAGCAGAGAGAAGACUAUAUCAAAUAAUAAAUACUCAGAUGGAUCUCAGCCAUCAAGUUCUGUGUCGAAUUUAGCUAAUGGCAAAGAUAAAGAAUUACCAAGCUUUUGGGUGCCUUCUCAACUUCCUGAUGCAAAAAUUACAAAACUUGAAAAACCUGAUCCUACUGUUUAUUGCCCAAUAAGCUGUAAACCUUUGAAAAUGAAAGAUUUAAUUGAAGUCAAAUGGACUUUGGUUAAUGAUCCUGAUGAUAAAAAGUCACUCAUAGCUAAAGAGAAUAGGUACAUGUGCCCAAUUACACAUGAUAUAUUAAGUAAUGCAGUGCCAUGUGCAAUAAUCAGAACUAGCGGUCAUGUUAUUACAAUGGAGUGUGUUGAGAAAAUUAUCAAAAAAGAUUGGCUUCAUCCUCUUACCGGCGAAAAACUCAAAGAAAAAGACAUAAUACCACUACAAAGAGGAGGCACAGGAUAUGCUCUUACUAAUCAAAAUCUAGAAGGGAAGAAUGAACGACCAGUACUUCAAGCUUAAAAAUAAUUAUUUUGUUUAAAUAAAGUAACUUCUGUACCUAUUUUAUACAUAGCUUUCAAAAUUU